ACUGACCUUGGUGUCCUCGCGUACCAAACUGUCGUAUUUGGGGGCUUAAUAUUUCAUAUUUGCUGCCUCUCUAAGCUCCGACUAAACACCCAACAAACACUUGUUGAUUGGUACAUUACGGUGGGUAACGCGUGCCACGUAUUUCUUCUUGGAAGCAUCAUUUACAUCAACAAGCUACUGCGUUCUCAAAGACCGCGGGCUAGGCCCCGGAUCACGUGAUCCCAUCCUCAACUCCAGGCGGAGACCGAUCACGUGAUCCACCCCCAACUCCGGGCGGAAGAUGCCAGCCAGACUGCACAACACGCUCCUAGAAGCCAGGGGGCGGGCAUGCGCGCCAGGCUGAAAGAUGGCCGCAGCUGCCCGGUAGGCACCGCCUGAGAGGUUACUCUAGGGCCCGCAGUUCCCGCCUGUUCCCCCAACCGGCCGCCGUUUCCUUACCAUGAAGCCAGUGAGUCGCCGCACCCUGGACUGGAUUUAUUCAGCGUUGCUGCUCGCGAUCGUUUUUCUUUCAUGGGGAUACGUCAUCUAUGCAUCAACAGUAGCUGCGAGACGACAGCUAAGGAAGGAAUACCCAGACAAAAUCUUUGGGAUGGAUGAACAUUUGUAACUCCUCUGGAUCUAAUUGUCUUUAAAUACAGUUCUUUUCCUCAUGCUUAUCUGACAUCUGUGUAAAUUUAAAAAUAAAACUCAUAAUAACAGUUUGCA